AUGUGUGUAGCAUUUGAAAGUACCCUCUACACCCCUCCGCCUCCAGAGUACUCCUCCAAGACCUCCUCUACGUCUGUGUCUCCUACCACCCCCAACUACCCUCCGCCCACCACGUCACCCUCCUCUGCAACACCCCCCACCCCGCCUCUACGACACUCUGCCUCCCGAUUCGCCACCUCUCUAGGCUCCGCCUUCCACCCGGUCCUGCCCCACUACGCCACAGUCCCCAGGCGACAGCCUGUCCCACCCAUGCCCCCCGCCCCAGCCCCGGCAACCCCCACCAAGUCAGUGGUGUGGUCGGCAACCAACUUCAGCCCCCUGCCUCCCUCACCCCCCGUCAUGAUCAGCAGCCCGCCGGGCAAGGCCACCGGCCCUCGCCCCGUCAUCGCCAUCCCGACCCCCAGCCCCCUGUCACAGAAACACCCCUCUCCCUCCCCCAAUGGGCCCCCCAUGUUCCCUGCUCCUUCACCUGUCACCAUCGGUAACAGCAGCAACCCCACCCCGCCUCCCCCUCCCACCCCGCCUCCCCCUCCACCGCUGCCCCCUCUCUCCCUGUCGUCAUCCUGCCAGCAGUCGCCCGUCGUCUCCCACAUCGCUCCCCUUGUGUCCUCUCCCUCAUCCCAGCCUGCUAUUGUCCCUUCUCCUUCCACAGCUCCCCCUGCAUCUACUGACCUCUCUGUAAACCUCUCUGUGCUGGGAGACUCCUGCUCCGCGGCUCCAGAGGCCUCUCAGCCUGCAGACCCUCUGGCCCAGCAGGGUAAGGCCUCACCUCUCAGCCUCUCUCUCUACCUCCACCUCUACCUCCACUCACCCACUAAUGGGGUGCCAGGGAGCAGGGGGUCUGCCCUAACCAACUGGGCCCAACUCUGGGUGCCAAUGCUGGCUGCAGCUAUGACUAGCAUGGCUAAUGUGGCUGUGGCUGGGUUCUGUGUGGCUGCUGAGAAUGGUCUGUACGUGCUUGUCAAUCUAUGUUGGUCAGGUGUGUCUGUCUGGCUCACCUUGGUCAGCAUGCUCAUACCAUGCAUGUCAAUGCUGUUGCUCAUGGUCUUGAGUUGUCUGGUGAUCUCUCGUGGGUUUGAAUGGAGUCUGGUUGUUGGGCCUUGACAUGCAUGUGUGUUUGCCCUCUGACAGACAGGGGGCUCUGAUCCAUCUAGAGAUCACUGGAAGGAUCAUUGUCUUGUUGUUUCUCUUUUGCUUGUUUAUUUUCUCACCUCAAAUUAUUAUUUUUCAGCAAUUCACCAUUGUGAUGACCUUAUUAUUUUACCAUUACUUUUCAACCUCACUUGUCAUGUCAGUGUUAAUCAAGCCUACUGGGUCUGGUGACAGUAGGAUUGUAUAUGUGUUACAAAUAGUAAGAGACUGACGGAUGGAGAGUUGACUGACGGAUGGAGAGCUGACUGAACAGUGCUUUUAUUUCUGCUCCAUCCAUGUUCACUUGAUUAGGUUUGUUAUCAUGACGCUACAGUAUGUUUCAGGGGAUGGGGAGGGUCGCUAAUGCUGAGAAAUUAACAGAAAUGUUGGUUGUAUUUCCAUUAUGAAAUGACUUAAUUGGCCAAACUCUGUGGUAGUCUUUAGAGGGUGUUUCACUGUUAUCCAGGGUAAGAUUAGCGGCUGGAAUCAAUCAUGUAUAAAUUAUAAUUUCUCCCUCUGCUGAAUAGAAUUAUUAGCAGAUAAAUCACGUGUCCUCUGCAUUUGAUAUUUAUCAUUCAUUUAGUAUUCAAGCCACCACUGCACUGUCUGUGUAUACUGAUAGAGCGUUCCUCUAUUUACCAAUUUGCAUGUCAAAUGAGGACAAGCUAUUUAUUAUUCUCCCUAAACCUGCCCUCACGUUUAUCUGAUUACCUUAUCAACUUUAUUGGAAAUAACAUUUAAUUCAAUAGUAGUUCUUCUAAAUCUUUCUGAAAACCUUUGUGGUUUGAAAUUUUUCGAGUUACAUAAUUCAAAUACUGCAUUAGCAUUAAUUAUACUAUAUUUUUAACUUUAUAAAGUGCCAUAUUUUUGUGUAUUACAACUUACCCUUGAGUAACUCUUUAGUAGCAUUUAUAUGUAGAUUCAGUCUAUUUCUCCCACUUGGACUGAUCCUCAUUGACAGGAGCUCAAUAUGGGCACAUUCCAUUAUGGCUUAUUGAUCCAAUCAUCUGUCUGUGUUGAGGAAUCACAAUGAUUUUUUUACAAGCUAAUUAUUAGAGUUAAUACUUCUCUGUGGUUCAAUGGUUUAGGGCUGCUCUUAUACAGAUAUUGACCUAACUUAGGCUGCUAGAGUUCCUGUGUCCAAUGCAUUUUGCACUGUGCGUCUAUGUGUUUGUGUGUACAUUUUCUGCCUUGUUUAUGUGUGGGAUGUCUCCAUUUGCUUCCGUCAAAUGGAUACAUUUAGGCCAUAACUCACUAAUGUGCAUGCAUGUUGUAUGACAAACAACAAGUGGAUGUAGCAUGUUCAUACCAUGUCUUCAAAAUCAAGUUUCAAAGUAUAAAGUUUACCAAUAAAUGGUCAAGCCUUAUAAUGUUAGUAUUGACGGUAAAUAUAGAAUGGGUACUUUAGGAAGCCUGAGUUUUGUAUGUGAGGAGAAAACUAAACAGGAGAGAACUCCUGACUCUGCUCUUUCUGUGAGUCCCAAAGUUUGAUAAUGAUCGUUUACUCUUCCCCCCCCCCCAAACAGACACAGCAUUGACUCUGGUGCUGCCCACCCCUCCUCCCCCUCCCCCCCUCCCUCCCAGCUCCACUGUGACCCACACGGCUGCUGCCCCACCAGGCCCUCCUCCCCCUCCCCCCUUACCCCCCACUCCUACCAGUGGCGGGGCCCCCUCCCCCACCCGGACCUCCACCUCCCCCCGGUGGCCAGGCCCACCCUCCCCCUCCCCCAAGCCCCUCCCCUGCCACCCGGCCUCUUCUCCCCGUCGGAGGACCGCCCCCUGUCCGGGCUGGCUGCUGCCCUCGCUGGAGCCAAACUGCGUAAAGUGCCAAGGGUGAGAGGCUGACCCACACAGAAACACAAACAUCCCUACCCUUGCACAGACACAAACUGUUUGUCACAUCCCAUAUCCUCAUCCCAGGAUAGGGGGCUUAUCCAGCAACAGUCACACAAAUCAUGUAGCCAUACUGUUCUUCACUCCUCCAUAUACUGUACUCCACCAUACCUGACCCCCAGUUAUGUGCCUCUGUAACAUGGCCUGCCACUACAACACUGUCAUGUCCUUCUCUCUGUCCCCCCAGAGUGAUAGUGGUGGUGAUGCGGCAGCUGCUCUGGCUGUAGCCAUGGCUGGUGGCUUGGCUGGCUCUGCAGGGGCCAAACCUGGAGGGAACGGUCCUCUGGGAGGAGCACCUGGAGGAGGGGGGCUGAUGGAGGAGAUGAGCGCCCUGCUGGCCAGAAGGUGACAUUACAUUACAUCCCCAUCUACAACAUGAGAGGACAAUAUUGAGGAUGGAGGAGGAAAUGUCUUGUCACAAUAAAUCUUACCAUAUCAUUGCAGACCAUGUAGCUGUCGGGGUCAGCCAAAUAUUAUUUAAAAGUCAUUUGCUGUGAGAAGUUAGAUUAUUUUGGUUUAGGCAUACAGUAUAACGUGUUAUGAGGUUGGGAAUCUAUCUUAAUAUUCUGUAUUGUUUUUCAGGAGAAGAAUUGCAGAGAAGGGAUCAUCGCCUGAGCCAGAGCAGCGAGCUGUGAGUAUGACUGACAGACAGACCGACAGACAGGUCAGGGAAAGGUCAUCUCUGUAUUUCCUGCCUGACAGCAUCUACAGUGCCUUAUUUCACAUUUUGUUGUUACAGCCUGAAUUCAAAAUGUAUUAAAUAUAUAUUUUAUCCUACCUACACACAAUACCACAUGAUGACAAAGUGAAAACAUGUUUUAGAAAUGUUUGCAAAUUUAUUGAAAGUUUUAUACAGAAAUAUAAGUAUUUACAUAAGUAUGCACACCCCUGAGACAAUACGUGUUAGAAUCACCUUUGACAGCAAUUACAGCUGGGUACGUCUUUUUGGGUAAGUCUCUAAGAGCUUUACACACCUGGAUUGUACAAUAUUUCCACAUUAUUAUUUUUACAAUUCUUCAAGCUCUGUCAAAUUGGUUAAUGAUCAUUGCUAGACAGCCAUUUUCAAGUCUUGCCAUAGAUUUUCAAGAAGAUUUAAGUAAAAACUGUAACUAGACCACUCAGGAACAUGCAAUGUCGUCUUGGUAAGCAACUCCAGUGUAUAUUUGGCCUUGUGUUUUAGGAUAUUGUCCUGCUGAAAUGUGAAUUUGUCUCCCAGUGUCUGUUGGAAAGCAGACAGAACCAGGUUUUCUUCUAGGACUUUGCCUGUGCUUAGCUCUAUUCCGUUUCUUUUUAUCCAACAAAAAUCCUAUUCAUUGCCGAUGACAAGCAUACCCAUAACAUGAUGCAGCCACCACCAUGCUUGAAAAUAUGAAGAGUGGUACUCAGUAAAGUGUUGUGUUGGAUUUGUCCCAAAUAUAACUCCUUGUAUUCAGAACAUAAAGUAAAUUGCUUUGUAAUUUUUUUUGCAGUUUUACUUUAGUGCCUUAUUGCAAACAGGAUGCAUGUUUUGGAAUAUUUGUAUUCUGUACAGGCUUCCUUCUUUUCACACUGUCAUUUAGGUUAGUAUUGUGUAGUAACUACAAUGUUGUUGAUCCAUCCUUAGUUUUCGCCCAUCACAGCCAUUAAACUCUGUAACUGUUUGAAAGUCACCAUUGGCCUCAUGGUGAAAUCCCUGAGUGGUUUCCUUUCUCUCCGGCAACUGAGUUAGGAAGGAUGCCUGUAUCUUUAUAGUGACUGGGUGUAUUGAUACACCAUCCAAAGUGUAAUUAACCAUGCUCAAAGGGAUAUUUAAUGUCUGCUUUUCUUUACCCAUCUACCAAUAGGUGCCCUUCUUUGCGAGGCAUUGGAACACCUCCUUGGUCUUUGUGGUUAAAUCUGUGUUUGAAAUUCACUGCUCGACUGAGGGACCUUAGUGCACUGAGUGUACAAAACAUUAGGAACACCUGCUCUUUCCAUGACAGACUGACCAGGUGAAAGCUAUCAUCCCUUAUUAAUGUCACCUGUAGAUGAAAGGGAGGAGACAGGUUAAAGAAGGGUUUUUAAGCUUUGAGACAUUGAUUGUGUAUGUGUGCCAUUCAGAGGGUGAAUGGGCAAGACAAAAGAUUUAAGUGCCUUUGAACGGGGUAUGGUAGUAGGUGCCAGGCGUUACCAGUUUGAGUGUGUCAAGAACUGCAACGCUGCUGGGUUUUUCACACUCAACAGUUUCCCAUGUGUAUCAAAAAUGGUCCACCACCCAAAGGACAUCCAGCCAACUUGACACAACUGUGGGAAGCAUUGGAGUCAACAUGGGCCAGCAUCCCUGUGGAACGCUUUCGACACCUUGUAGUCCAUGCCCAGACGAGUUGAGACUGUUCUGAGGGCAAAAGGGGGUGCAACUCAAUAUUAGGAAGAUGUUCCUAAUGUUUUGUACACUCAGAAUGUGUGUGGGGUACAGCGAUGAGGUAGUCAUUCAAAAAUCAUGUUAAACACUAUUAUUGCACACACAGUGAGUCCAUGCAACUUAUUAUGGGACUUAUAUUUUACCCAUCUAUAAUUCAGUAGCCUGGUGUUUGUUUUCCCUCUUCUGGAUGUCUUUGGAGCUUCAUAUGUUUCUCUUUGGUGGUCAUUAGUGACAUUAAAGAGGACCAAUGGCUCUCCUUCAGUGGAUUAUUAACUUAAAAAUAGGUCAUAUUUUCUCACCUGUUUAUCUGAAGCUGCCUGACCUAUAACUUCUGACUUUUGAACGCCCUGUGCUUCUCUCCAAUAGGAUGAGAGCGGCGAGGGCACCACAACUCCCAAAGUGUCAGCCUGUAGCACACCAGGUGAGUGGUGUUAAGUCUAGUAUACAGUACAGGACUGUAGUGGUCAGAGAUAUAAAGGACCAGAACAGCAACAUGCACCUUCCACAUUCAGACCACCAAGAUCCUAGUCAGUAUUGGCCAGAAGUUAAUGUAGUUUGACAGAUGUAUUUGUGUCUCUAGGUUAGCUAAUAGUUUUCAAUCUGUGGUUUAUCUGUAUCUGUAUUUGUUUUGUCUCCUGAUAGUGGUUCAGUUCUAUCACUGUAAUAUAUCUAAUGUUUUUGUUUGUUUCUUCCUCAGACAUGCCCAGAAAACCUUGGGAGAGGACUAACACUCUGAAUGGUAGCAAAUCCCCGGUCAUUGGAAGGUAAAUACCAGCAUUCCAUCCCAUAAAUGGGCUUAGAUUUCAAUCGUGUGCUUUCAUGUACAAAUGUCUAUAUUACAUAGUCUCUGAGUCUAAACCCAUAAUUGGGUCAAACAUGACUAGGUCCAAAUUUCCACUGCCUAUCUGAAUCACUGACUGCCUCAGCAUUGCCGCUCAUCAUCACGUGAUUAAAGAAGGAGCACAGAGCAUAGCAGAGCAUGUCACACUGCUGGGGUUCGACCCCUGGGCUUGCUGGUUUAGGAAUGGUUAAUAACAUGACUAAAGCACAGGGCUGCUGCUUACCGCUAGGCUACCACUAGCUAGGCUGUCCGUAGCAGUGAGUGUUCCUGGGAUGUGUCAAUCAAAGCCCACAAUUCCAGGUUUUAAUUGCAGGGCUCUAAGUGAGGGUUUGUCGGUGAGAAAGUGUUCUGGAAAUACACCUCCAGCUUCUAUGUGCAAAACAGGAUGCUGGCUGCCCUCCCCACAAUUCCUCUGAGAAUGUAUGAUAUUUUUUAGAACUUCUUUAUAAAGAGGCCAGUGUUGCAUUUUAGCAUAUAAGCAGGAAAAGACAAUUACCGGAUCCCUAAAAAAUUCCAAUGCUUUAUCAAUGUAAAGUUAACUUAAAACAAAUCAAUAUAUCAUCAAUACCUGUUGUUUUUCCAGAUUCCCUGGUAGCUAUACUCAGUCUGCUGUCUGUAGCCUGUAGGUUUGGUGUGGGCUUGAUUAGGGAGGGGACAUGGGGUUACAGGACAGCCCUUUUAAAAGCUAGUCUCUCUCUCACAGACGGGACUCACUGUGGAGAAAUCCGAUGGGUUCUGAUAUCGUAAACAGGUAUACAGGCCUGUAGAGUGACAAAUCUCCCUUUUUACUCCUUUUGUAUAAUUUGCUGUGCUCGAAGUGGGUGGGGUGGGGGUGGGUUAGUGCCUUGUAAUUCCCAUAUAUCUCUAUUUUGCCAACAAAGUAAUCACCUGACUGCUAAUGGUUUAUUAUUUAUACAAAAAGAACCAAUUUAAGUAUCUAUGAAUUCAUGUAACCUCUUCCAGUUGCUUUACUAUACACACAUACUCAACACAGACUCUGUGGCUGUGUGCCACUGUAUAGUGAGCAAGAUAGAGACCCCUCCCAGUGCUGUGAAUAUUCACGUCCGUGCCAACUGUCUCAGAAGAACCCCAUAGAUAAGGCCACACAGCCCUGCAUUGGCAGAUGGGCGGAAUUAAUUCCUCCCCCAUAAACUGGUAUUCAUAUCUGACCUAUAGAGGAGGCAAGAGGACCAGAGACCACUAGAGCAGACACACAGACGCAAACAAACACAGAGACACACACGCAUACACUACAGAAAGACAGCUGUUGGGAAUCGUAACAAGCUAACAUUCUUGUAACCUAAUGUUACACCUCUCAUAUUCUCUUGGCUUCCACUUCCUCCCUGGCAACCUGUUGGCUUUUCACGGAAUUCAUUUCCUCACUGAUUUCACACUCUGAUAGUGUGACAUUUCCUUUAAUCAUUUCCUGUAGUCGUAGCCCAUGGUGAUUUCCUUGUUGGCAAUGGUUUCCUGUCACAGCUGAUCCAAUAGCAGAGAAGCAUGGCUGUGUGUGGCUGCUGCAUUGUGUGUGCAUGUUCGAACUACAUCGGCCUGUUUCUGAACUCUGACUCCCAAAUUCAACUUGAUUGUGUUUCAAUUGGGCUGAACUUCCCAAUGUUAGUUGUGUGAACUCAUAUGGUUGGUGUGUGUAGCAUGUGUACUUUGGGCUGGCUUUACCUAAGGCAUUUAGCUUUUCUACUAGUGAUUCCAGUCAUAGGACAGUUUCCUAUUAAUUUACUGGUUCACUUUGCCUAAAUCUACACUGAACAAAAAUAUAAACGCAACAUGUCCCAUGAUUCAUGAGCUGAAAUAAAAUAUCCCAGAAAUGUUCCAUAUGCACAAAAAGCUUAUUUCUCUCAAAUUUUGCACACACAUUUGUUUGCAUCCCUGUUAGUGAGCAUUUUAUUAUUUGUCAAGAUAAUCCAUCCACCUGACAGGUGUGGCAUAUCAAGAAGCUGAUUUAAACAGCAUGAUCAUUACACAGGUGCACCUUGUGCUGGGGAGAGUAGAAGGCCACUCUAAAAUGUGCAGUUUUGUCACACAAGACAAUGCUACAGAUGUCUCAAGUUUUGAUAAUUUUACAAUGUGUCCAACCAGCCAUACAACCGCAGACCACGUGUAUGGCGUUGUGUGGGCGAGCGGUUUGCUGAUGUCAACGUUGUGAACAGAGUGCCCCAUGGUGGCGGUGGGGUUAGGGUAUGGGCAAGCAUAAGCUACGGACAACGAACACAAUUGCAUUUCAUCGGCGGCAAUUUGAAUGCACAGAGAUACCGUGACGAGUUCCUGAGGCCCAUUGUCGUGCCAUUCAUCUGCCGCCAUCACCUCAUGUUUCAGCAUGAUAAUGCAUGGCCCCAUGUCGCAAGGAUCUGUACACAAUUCCUAGAAGCUGAAAAUGUCCCAGUUCUUCCAUGGCCUGAAUACUCACCAGACAUGUCACCCAUUGAGCAUGUUUGGGAUGCUCUGGGAUCAACGUGUACGACAGCGUGUUCCAGUUCCCGCCAAUAUCCAGCAACUUCGCACAGCCAGGAGUGGGACAACAUUCCACAGGCCACAAUCAACAGCCUGAUCAACUCUAAGCGAAGGAAAUGUCAAACCAAAUGGUGGUCAAACCAGAUACUGACUAGUUUUCUGAUCCAUGCUAUCUUUUUUUAAGGUAUCUGUGACCAACAGAUGUAUAUCUGUAUUCCUAGUCAUGUGAAAUCCAUAGACUAGGGCCUAAUGAAAUCAUUUCAAUUGACUGAUUUCCUUAUAUGAACUGUAACUCUGUAAAAUCUUUGAAAUUGUUGCAUGUUGCGUAUAUACAGUGCAUUCGGAAAGUAUUCAGACCCCUUUACUUUUUCCACAUUUUGUUACAUUACAGCCUUAUUCUAAAAUGGAUUAAAUUGUUUUUUUCCCUCUUCAAUCUACACACAAUACCCCAUAAUGUAUAAAUAAAAAACUGAAAUAUCACAUUUACAUAAGUAUUCAGACCCGUUACUCAGUACUUUGUUGAAGCACCUUUGGCAGCGAUUACAGCCUCGAUUCUUCUUGGGUAUGACGGUACAAGCUUGGCACACCUGUAUUUGGGGAGUUUCUCCCAUUCUUCUCUGCAGAUCUUCUCAAGCUCUGUCAGGUUGGAUGGGGAGAGUCGCUGCACAGCUAUUUUUAGGUCUCUCCAGAGAUGUUUGAUCGGGUUCAAGUCCGGGCUCUGGCUGGGACCACUCAAUGACAUUCAGAGACUUGUCCCGAAGCCACUCCUGCGUUGUCUUGGCUCUGUGCUUAGUCAUUGUCCUGUUGGAAGGUGAACCUUCGCCCCAGUCUGAGGUCCUGAGCGCUCUGGAGCAGGUUUUCAUCAAGGAUCUCUCUGUACUUUGCGCCGUCUGUCUUUUCCUUGAUCCUGACUAGUCUCCCAGUCCCUGCCGCUGAAAAACAUCCCCACAGCAUGAUACUUCCACCACCAUGCUUCACCAUAGGGAUGGUGCCAGGUUUCCUCCAGACGUGGCGUUUGGCAUUCAGGCCAAAGAGUUCAAUCUUAGUUUCAUCAGACCAGAGAAUCUUGUUUCACAUGGUCUGAGAGUCUUAGGUGCCUUUUGGCAAACUCCAAGCGGGCUGUCAUGUGCCAGAACAGUCAUAUUUCUGUUCACUAUAGUUUCAGUUUGCUCAGAGCGUAAUGAUACUCUAACUAACAAAUCAAGUUCAUGAAAGGGCCUUAUACUGUAUGUGGGCAGCCAAAGGGUUAGGUACCCUGUCAAAUAGGCUCAGCUGUUUAACUAGUGUAGUUAUCAAUUUUGACACAUGGACAUGAAAAUCAUUAUGAUGGUACAUUAUUCUCUACAUUGCCAGAUUAGUAUAUCAGUUUCACAAUACUGAAUUUAAAAGAAUGGAUGUUGGGGUAUGAUGACAAUUUUCUCUGUGUGUUAAAAUCUGUAACUUCCUAUGUUUUCUGCUGUGUUUUGAAAUCAAACUGUCAAUUUGAAUCAAUUUGCACUUUCUUUCAAGUUGUUUACAUUGUAGUUGUAAAAAAUGCUAAUGUAACUUCUUUUUUUUUUUAAGUGAUUGAAUUGUCUGAUGAGUGAAUGCAGAAUGUAGAGGUGAUUGAUCCAGCCACAGUAGAUACUUUUCUGUCUGGUUUUCUUCCAAGAGUGACUUCUGGACUCUCCCUCGACAACAGCCCCAGUUUAGGUAUACUACUGUAACUUUUUCUGUUUAUCUCAUCUACAGACCGAAGUCCACACCCACACCGACUGGAUCCCUAAGUGCCAACGGGGUGCCAACAGAAGGUCUCGACUACGACAGAUUGAAACAGGUAUUCAAAGGAGACACGUAAAAGAUGACUGACUUGCUGUUUGCUGGCAGAACAGUGGAGCUGUAGUAUUUUACACAGAAAACUACAGAGCCCUGAGAGGGUGUGUCCAAUGACGGUGUCCCAUGCUGGGGCAAUCCCUCCCUCCUCCCCUAUGAAUGAGCCUGUUAGAUAAGUGUAGAUUCUCCAUAUAGCCUCCCUAUCUGUGUACACAGCAACAGCCUCAGUCAGAGACAGAGCAGUAACACAGAGCAGUGACACUAUGGGCUUACUAACACACAUUCAGCUCUCUGGGACAGUAUCUCUCACUGAUGCUAAAGUCACUGUCCCCCCCCCCCCUCUGCUUUAGUGCAAGUUUCAAUCCAUUUCACAUGUCCAAAGUGCCUGUUUGAAACAAAUUCUUUGUUUUUCCAUUGUAUUUUGUCUCAAAUUUUCUUUCCAACCUUAUUUUCAGGACAUUCUGGAUGAGAUGAGGAAGGAGUUGUCGAAGCUGAAAGAGGAACUUAUUGAUGGUAACUGAUUGCUUGAUCAUCCUGAUGCACAUACUGAGGGUGCUUAUAAUUGUCCUGUUUCACUGCAUGUACAGGUAACCUGUACAAGUGUGAGGUGUGAAUUGGAAACGUGUUUUCUCCAUAUCCCAACUCCCCCUGAGACGCCCUCUGAGAGUGGGGUCACGGCCAGGGCUGCUGCCGUGUAAUAGGAGGUGACAGGGCGUGAAAUAAGUUCCUCAAAGCACAGAAAGAUAUUGUGUUCAGUUGAGGCCUACUGUACCUUUGUCAUCAGAGAAUUAGCAUCGCACCAUUCAUGCCACUGCAUAUCACACCAAAGACAACACAAAACACAAUAUAACUGACAUGUUGUUUGUCUGUUCACAGCCAUCAGGGAGGAGCUGGGAAAGUCGAGCACGGCGUAGAAGGAUCUCACCUCCCUGUACAUUACAUCCAUUACCAGACACCUGUGACAGGUCAACUUCAGAUAGGACAAUAUUAUAAAGAAACGAAAAAGGAAAACAAAAAAAGUCUAAAAAGGUGGUGACGAUAACAAUAAUAACCGUAUUAAUACAGAAGAAAGCGUUUUGUGAGCGGAGCAGCGUCAGACACACAGCUGGGGAUGAGUGAGAGUGGGAGGCGAGGGAGAGCGGGAUGCGUGUAGCAUGGAAGCACUGCUGGCGUCCAUCUUGUGAAGCCUGGCCGUUCCCGCCAUUUUCCCGCAGCCUCACCAGGAGGACAGGACACAGUCUUAAGAGGAGUGACUGUCAUUAUGCAAAGAUUUCUCUCUUUGUCGAUAACACAAGAAAACAAGGAAAAUCAACAAAUAAAAAAUAACACUAUAUUGAACUGUAUACUGUAUUAACCAUUGAAGUGUGAGAAAUCAAACAGACAGCAUUUACACUAAGAAUUGGAACGGUUAGCGUGCACUUGUGAUUUCAUAGCGAAAAGGCACAUUUAGUGGGUGAGUGUGAAGUUUGGAGGCAGGAGAGUGAGGGAAGUAGGACUCAGUUCCCCAUAGGGCCAUAGGAGGGAGCCUCUGGGUGUGAAUGAAGGACUGACUGAUGGACUUGGUAUAGUCUACUGCUGCAGGACUCUGUAAAGCUAGUCUUCCUCAAAUACUAUUUUAACCUGAAUAUGUACAAAAGAAGAAAAAAAGAUAUCUACAAGUCUAUCAAUCAUGUCUGUUUUAAUGUAAACCAUGGCCAUAUCAAGUAGCUUAAUCAAAUCUUUACAUGAUGGUCUGUCUCUUGGUCUGUUUGGUUUAGUAUCCAAAUAUCAUUCUUAUUUUUUCUAUAGAAACAAUUGCUCUAAUGAGCUACUGUAGUGCAUUUCUGUGUGUUGCAGACUGAUGAGACAGUCACAAAGGGUAUGCCUUUCUAAACGUCAAUCAUUGUAGCUCUUUACCAAACAACCUCUGUCAAUUAGUGAUGAUUAAUAAUGCUAAAGUCACCAUGACCAGAUCUGGAGAUAGAGCUAUUUGAAAUCUCUGUACUGUUAUUAUGAGCUGAACCUUUUUUUCCUCUCCCUCGCAGUUUCUGUCCAAUUUUUGGUGCAUGUAAGGUUUUGUACGGUGAGGGUCGUGAGGCUAUCACGAAAUGUAAUUAUUGUCCGUCAGUUUAUAAGCAAUAAGUGUAGCAUCUGGGUUGACUUUCCCACACAUUAUUCCUUUUAAAUGUUCCUGUUCUUUUAACUCCAUUCUGAACACCUGUUAAGGAUGUGACUGUGACAGUAUCUCCUCCUUUCCUCUACGUCCACCUCCUCCAUAGAUUCUAACUGUGUGAAACAGAUGGGUUGAGAAAAGAUGGAUGGACAGACCCUCCCUGUUUAUAGCCAUAAUGUACUUAAUUUACUGAGGUAUGUCAUAAUUUUUUCAAUUCAUGGUAUUUUGUUUUGGGAUUGAAGGCUACUGUAUCUUAUUAUUGAUAUUGCAGCUAAAUUCAAUUUCUUCUCUUUUUUUUGCAUUUGAAAGAAUUAGUAAUGAAAAAGGAUAUGAGGGACACCCCAGAAAGAAGUCUGUCUGCAUGAUGUAUCCGUGGACAUGCUUGUGGCAUUAAGUGUUUCACUUGCGCUUCAUGAUUAUUAGUAAAAAAUUAAAAAUAAAAGCCUUUAUUUCCUCCCCUAUAAUAUGAAGUUCUGAUAAUGGCACACCUUACACCCCCCACCCCCCACAACCCCCCUUUGUUUGACUAAUUUGGUCAUGGGAAUGGCAACUUUUUAUUGAAAAUGUUGUUUCCUUUUCAAAACAAAACAGUGCCGAGUUUGCGUUCCUAAAAAUCUCGAUGUACAAUCAACUGAGAGAAACCAAGUGAACAUGAGACUAGUGUAAAAGAAUGAACUGUCUUCAAUGUAAAACUCUAUUGCUCCUAUUGCUUCUAUUCUCUUGACUUGCUGGUAAGGGGAUUGACUUUGAUCAGGGAUCUGACAUGGCAACAGCUGAGGUGUGGUGGUGAGCAUUAUUCAAAACACUCCCCUUGUGUGUGUUUUGCUCAAACACAACUAAUACCCUUCUCUCUGGAUCAAAGCAUAGGAAGGUUUGCACGCAAGAGUGUUUACAGCAUUGAUUGCACUUUAUAAACCCAUAGAAAUUCAUGAUACUAUGAUGAACCUGCUUACAAGAUGCAGCCAUCGCCAAUAGUGUGGCUAUCGCACCAAAGGUGUCAGCUACAAUCUCCUCCUACACACGUCACACUCUACUGACUCGCCUUUUGUUUCAUCAUUGUCAAGAGAAGGAUCUAUAUCGAUUUCUUUGGAUUGGGUGGUGAAACGUUCUGAUCAAGGAUCAUUCAUAUCUACGGAUAAUUAUGUUUGUGAUCUUCAUGGUUUGUGCCUUGUUCUGAAUUUGCAUUUAAUAUGUCAAAGAUUUAAAGACUAGUAAUAAUUAUAGGAACUGUCAAUCUCACACAUGAUUUUUUUGUUGUUGCAUCCUGGUAUAGUUAUUUUAAAGGGAGAAUAAAGUUAUCUUUCAAAGUACAGACAUGGUGUAUUUUCCUCAUGCCAUUUGUAUGUUACAGAGCGGUUUAUGUUCAUGGCGCUUGG